AUGCAGCAUAAAGCUACUCUAUGGAUCACGGGUGCUUUCUGCACCUCACCUACAGGCAGUCUUGAGGCCUUAGCAGGUCUCAUCCCCGUCCAUCUCAUGCUGAAGAAGUUGGCAAUGCACACGGUGUACCAUAUCGCUACCCUCUCAGUCCUCUCCCUCUUCAGCGGGGGUGAGGUUCUUAACUUAAUGAACGUCUACUCUGACGAUCAACACACAGCCAUUGAGCACCUAGCUGCUCGUGUGCAUUCUCUACCACCUUUCAUUUACAUGGCUGGUGACUUUAACUGCGUGUCGACGACUUGGGAUGACUAUGAGCAUGGCGAGUCGUCGACGGCAAUAUUACUGCGGGAUACCGCAUCUCAGAUCAGCCUCGAGUGGGCACGACUUUCUAACCAUGGACCGACGCGGAUCAGUCCUAAUCCAAACCAGAGAUCCAACGUCUUGGAUCUUGUAUUCUUAGCUCCAUCUGAGAUCUUAAUCUCGAUGCCCAGAUUGGAGCACGAUCUCCAGGGUCUGUCAGAUCAUGUCCUGAUCUGCACAGAUCUUGAUAUCGGUCCCGAACCGCCCGGAUCUGGGCGACGGACAAUUAAACCCAGAAGCGAGGCUGAGAAGUCUUUCAUUUCGGAUAUUCUCUGGGAUCUUGCGGCUAUCCCUGUCGCAGCCCCGGCAACCAAGGAAGGCGUUGAAGCUUUAGCUGAUGCUAUCGCGACAGCGUUCUCGGACGCAUGGCUUGCCCAUUCGACCAAGUCCAAACCUACCAAGCGCUCCAAGUCCUGGUGGACGGAUGAGUGCUCGGAGACAUUCAGCGUAUAUCAGUUGAGCCGCUCGCUCGCUGAUUACAACAAGUUUAAGAAGGCAUGUAAGGAUGCCAAGGAUGAUUUCUUUGAUGAAUGCAUCGCAGAAAUUGCUACCUCUCGCAAGCGCCCAUGGGACCUGAUGGAAUGGGUCAAACAGCGCAAGCUACCACCCUGUGAGGCUAUUCGCGAUGGCAACCAGCCUUGCCACGAUAUGGACGACCUAUGGGACGCCCUUCACAGCAUGUACAAUUUGGCCUCUGGUCGCGAGUACGAUGCCUCAGUCUUAGAUGAGCUUCCCAAUGAGCCGGUCCGCGAGUGGGCUGACUUUUCGGAGCAUGAGUUGUUGAGUGCCCUUAAGGGGUGCUCCAACUCCUCUGCACCAGGACCGGACCAUAUCACAUGGGUCCACCUAAAGGAGCUGCUCAAGGAUAAACACGUCCUUGCGCUUUUCAUCGUGUUGGCCAACGCUUGCCUUCGGGUGGGUCAUUGGCCGCGUAUAUUCAAGGAGUCGCUAUCGGUUAUCGUUCCGAAGCCGAACAAGCCCUCCUAUUCCGUGCCGAAGGCCUUCAGGCCAAUCGUACUCCUCAUCACUUUUGGUAAACUUAUCGAAAAGAUGAUUGCCAAUAGGAUACAGUUUGACGCCGUCAAGCAUGAUAUCUUCCAUCCCAAUCAACUUGGCGGUAUCCGCCAGAGGUCCACCGAGGAUGCUGGAUUGAUUCUGACUCAUCUCAUGCGAGCAGGGUGGGUUAAGGGUCUCCAGACUAGCGCGCUGGCUUUUGACAUCGCGCAGUUCUUCCCUUCUAUCAACCAUGAGAUGUUCAUGGCUGUACUUCGCAAGCAAGGGUUUUCACCGGUUCUGGUGGAAUUCUUUGCCUCCUACCUUGUAGGCCACUCCACAGUUUACUGUUGGAACACCUUCCAAUCCGACUCACGGUCUGCGGACGUGGGUGUCGGGCAGGGCUCUGCUCUCUCGCCUGUUAUCUCUGGGCUGUUCAUUGCUCCGGUAAUGAAGCUCUUCUAUAUCAAGGCGGCGCCACUCAACAUGACGCUGCUUUCCUUUGUGGAUGACGGGACCAUUCUGGCCCAAUCCAAACAACUUGAUGAUAAUAAUGUGGGCCUGCGUAAGGCCUACAAAAUUAUCUACCUUCUCUUUGUUGCCUUCGCGCUCGUUCUUGAACACGACAAGACCAAGUUGUUUCACUUCUCGCGUCGUCGAGAUGCCUACAAUCCCUCGCUGGAUCUGGGGUACGCCCCUCAUACCGGCGAUACACCUUUGAAGCCCAAGACCUAUUGGAGGUACUUGGGCUUCUACUUUGACCGCGGGCUCACCUUUCAUGAGCACGUUCGCUACUACGCCACCAAGGCGUUUACCACUGUGCAGGCCAUGCGCAUGCUCGGGAACUCUACUAGAGGUCUUUCGCCUAAACAGCGCUGA